AUGAAACCAGGAGGAUUUUGGCUGCAUCUCACACUGAUUGGGGCCUCCCUGCCGGCCGUGCUGGGAUGGAUGGACCCAGGAACCAGCAGAGGCCUGAAUGUGGGUGCGGGGGAGUCCCAGGCAGAGGAAUCCAGAAGCUUUGAAGUCACAAGAAGAGAAGGUCUUCCAGGUCACGAUGGGCUGCUGGCCUCCUGUGAGAAGAAGUUCUGCAGCCGCGGGAGCCAGUGUGUGCUCAGCAGGGACACAGGGGAGCCUGAAUGCCGGUGCCUGGAGGCAUGCAGGCCCAGCUACAUGCCUGUGUGCGGCUCUGAUGGGAGGUUUUAUGAAAACCACUGUGAACUCCACCGUGCCGCUUGCCUGCUGGGGAAGAAGAUCAUUAUCGUCCACAGCAAGGACUGUUUUCUCAAAGGUGACACGUGUACCAUGGCCAGCUAUGCCCGCCUGAAGAAUGUCCUUCUGGCGCUCCAGACCCGCCUGAAGCCACUCCAAGAAGGGGACAGCAGACAGGACCCUGCCUCCCAGAAGCGCCUCUUGGUGGAGUCUCUGUUUAAGGACUUGGAUACAGAUGGCAACGGCUACCUCAGCAGCUCUGAACUGGCUCAGCACGUGCUGAAGGAGCAGGACCUGGAUGAGGACUUACUUGGGUGCUCGCCGGGUGACCUCCUCCGAUUUGACGACUACAACAGUGACAGCUCCCUGACCCUCCGCGAGUUCUACACAGCCUUCCAGGUGGUUCAGCUCAGCCUCGCCCCUGAGGACAGGGUCAUUGUGACCACAGUGACUGUGGGGCUGAGCACAGUGCUGACUUGCGCUGUCCGUGGAGACCUGAGGCCACCAAUCGUCUGGAAGCGCAACGGGCUCACCCUGAACUUCCUGGACUUGGAAGACAUCAAUGACUUCGGAGAGGAUGACUCCCUGUACAUCACCAAGGUGACCACCAUCCACAUGGGCAACUACACCUGCCACGCCUCCGGCCACGAGGAGCUCUUCCAGACCCACGUCCUGCAGGUGAAUGUGCCACCAGUCAUCCGCGUCCAUCCGGAGACCCAGGCACAGGAGCCUGGGGUGGCGGCCAGCCUGAGGUGCCACGCAGAGGGCAUUCCCAUGCCCCGAAUCACUUGGCUGAAAAACGGCAUGGAUGUCUCAACCCAGAUGUCUAAACAGCUCUCCCUUUUGGCCAAUGGGAGUGAACUCCACAUCAGCAGUGUUCGGUAUGAAGAUACAGGGGCGUACACCUGCAUUGCCAAAAAUGAAGUGGGCGUGGAUGAAGACAUCUCCUCACUCUUCGUUGAAGACUCAGCUAGAAAGACCCUUGCAAACAUUCUGUGGCGAGAGGAAGGCCUCAGUGUGGGAAACAUGUUCUACGUCUUCUCCGACAAUGGCAUCAUUGUCAUUCACCCCGUGGACUGUGAGAUCCAGCGGCACCUCAAACCCACUGAGAAGAUUUUCAUGAGCUAUGAAGAAAUCUGUCCUCAAGGGGGAGGAGAUGCCACUCAGCCAUGCCAGUGGGCAUCCGCAGUCAACGUCAGGAACCGGUACAUCUACGUGGCCCAGCCAGCACUGAGCAGAGUCCUUGUGGUCGACGUUCAAGCCCAGAAAGUCCUACAGUCCAUAGGUGUGGACCCUCUGCCAGCCAAGCUGUCCUAUGACAAGUCGCAUGACCAAGUGUGGGUCCUGAGCUGGGGGGAUGUGCACAAAUCCCAACCAAGCCUCCAGGUGAUCACAGAAGCCAGCGCCAGCCAAGGUCAGCACCUCAUCCGCACACCCUUUGCAGGAGUGGAUGAUUUCUUCAUUCCCCCAACCAACCUCAUCAUCAACCACAUCAGGUUUGGCUUCAUCUUCAACAAGUCUGACCUUGCCAUCCACAAAGUGGACCUGGAAACGCUGAUGCUCCUCAAGACCAUCGGCCUGCAGCACCACGGCUGCGUGCCCCAAGCCAUGGCACACAGCCACCUGGGCGGCUACUUCUUCAUCCAGUGCCAACAGGACAACUCUGCUGCUGCCACCCCACAGCUGCUCCUCGAUAGUGUCACAGACUCCGUGGUUGGCCCCAACGGUGACAUAACAGGCACCCCCCACGCGUCCCCCGAUGGGCGUUUCAUAGUCAGCACUGCUGCUGACAGCCCCAGGUUGCAUGUGCAGGAGAUCACCACGCGGGGGGAGGUCCAGACCUUGUACGACCUGAAAAUAAGCCCGGGCAUCUCAGACUUGGCGUUCCAGCGCUCCUUCACCAAAGGCAAUCAGUACAACAUCUACGCUGCUCUGCAGACGGGGCCGGACCUGCUGUUCCUGGAGCUGUCCACAGGGAGGGUGGGCAUGCUGAAGAACUUAAAGGAGCCACCCACGGGGCCUGCCCAGCCCUGGGGCAGACCCCGCAGAAUUGUGAGGGACAGUGGGCUGUUCGGACAGUUCCUCCUCACCCCAGCCCAAGAGUCGCUGUUCCUCAUCAAUGGCAGACAAAACACACUGCAGUGCGAGGUGUCAGGCAUCAAGGGAGGGACUAUAGUGGUGUGGGUGGGCGAGGUAUGA